AUGACUUGCUCAACCUCUGAUCUCACAGCAAUUCUGCGUGGUAGUACUACCAGACUACUUGUCUCGAGUGGUUUCUCUGCUCGCUCGAUGCGUCGCGGGACAGGCACCGCGUGGUGGUUGCUCGUCGCAGCCGCCGCGCUCCUGGUCCUGGUUCUGCCGCUGCUCGCCUCCUGCGCGGCCUCCGCACGUCCUCCUCCAGUGCCGCCGCGAGGUGGCGGCGACGCCGGGCUGGGUGGAGGGAGGGAGCUAGCGGCCAUGGGAGCUGCGAGGCGGUUGGGGCAGAGGACGCCGGUGAACAAGCCUCCCUCACCCAACCCCCACCGCGCGUCGGCGACGGCCGUGCCGCCGCCACCGCCUGACUAGCUAGGACCAAGGUCAGGGGCGGGAGUAGUAAAUGCUUUGCUGAUACGUGUAUGCAAUGGUGCCUGCGAUCGCCUAGCUAGGCAACUAGCUAUGUUCUUCCUGGUCGGUAUCAGAGAAGAAACAACUAGCAGCUGUGCACAAUACUUGUUUUGCUUCCGAUAAAUCAUGGAACAGGAAACAUGUGGGGAUAUACACCAACUGAUAACCUUGAUAAAUUCGAUGGUCUAUCUUUGCUAA